AUUUAUUUAUCAAAACCCCGUUCUUUUAUUUCUCCAAGGGACUGAAUCCUAGAAGGCAAAAACCAUGUCAGGACUGUACAAUUCCAACUUCUCCCCUGCAGUAGCUGCUUCUCCUCAAAUUAGAAGCACUCCAGAGGUUGAGAGUCAAUACUUGUCAGAGCUGUUGGCAGAGCAUCAAAAGCUUGGACCUUUUUUGCAAGUUCUUCCGAUAUGUAGCCGACUGCUAAAUCAAGAGAUAUUUCGGGUCUCAGGAAUGAUGUCCAACCAAGGAUUUGGCGACUUUGACCAGAUGCGGCAUAGAAGCCCCAGUCCCAUGGCUUCUUCAAAUCUUAUGUCAAAUGCUUAUGGGACAGGAUUAAGCAGAUGGAAUAGCCUUCCUCAAGAGAGACUAAGUGGACCUCCUAGAGUGUCAAUGGACUGGCAAGGUGCUCCAGCAAGCCCUAGUUCGUACACAGUGAAGAGGAUUUUGCGUCUUGAAAUUCCUAUUGAUACAUAUCCAACGUUCAAUUUUGUUGGUAGACUUCUUGGCCCCAGAGGCAAUUCAUUAAAGCGGGUAGAAGCUACUACCGGCUGCCGUGUAUACAUUAGAGGCAAAGGAUCAAUAAAGGAUCCAGACAAGGAAGAGAAACUGAGAGGCAGACCUGGGUACGAGCACUUGAACGAUCCACUCCACAUCUUGAUUGAAGCUGAUUUACCUGCUAACGUUGUUGAUAUAAGGCUUAGACAAGCGCAAGAGAUCAUAGAGGGGUUACUCAAACCUGUGGAUGAGUCGCAAGAUUUUAUCAAGAGGCAGCAAUUACGUGAACUGGCAAUGCUAAAUUCGAAUUUCAGAGAGGAGAGUCCUGGUCCAAGCGGCAGUGUUUCUCCAUUUAGUUCCAGUGGGAUGAAGCGCCCCAAAACAGGAUACUGAGAGUUUAACCAGAAAUCAUCUACGCUGCUCCAGGAUUUCAUAGCCAAGUAUACCUUCUGCAUUCUCUGAUACAUAUCAAUUCAGCACAGCUUGAAGAUAUUAGGUUAACAGUUUCUGGUGGUGAUCUUUGCAUUAUUGAAUUGUUUUAUGUUGUUGGCUCAAGUAUAGGUUUGGUAAGGUCAGUUUUCCUGUAAACUCGAUACGUUCAUUGGAUUUAUUCUUGUGUUAGCAGAGCUUUGAGGAGUGUGGAAUAUAUGUUGCAAGUAUUAUAGGCCGGGUGAGGUUGUAGGUGUGUCGUGUUCGUUCCAUUGCUGGUCUCCUUUGCUUUGAAGUGUAGUUUAUAUGGAGAAGCAUAGCAAUGUAAGUUGGGUGUACAAGGAAUGUACUCUCUUUUGGUUUGAUCAUCCCAAGCAUAUGGAUGUUCAUCUUCACCA